UGCUGUAUGUGGAGGCUAGUUAGUCAGGGAUUGCAUGCAGGCAGCCUCCCAUCUUAAUACUCCAUUAUCAGAGAGAGCGAGAGAGAGAGAGAUGAGGGCUGUGACUCAGGGAAGCAGAUCUGGCUGUACGGUAGAGACACUAGAGAGAUAGACAUGCAGAAGACUGUUCUGUGUUCGUUUUAGGAGAAUGUGCCACAGCUCAUAGCAGAAAAUGGCGAUUCUAGCACAGUUCCCCAGCUAAGGCAGGCAAGGGAGCAGACAGACAGACAGCGCUCACGUCACAAACUGGAUCAUGGUUUUAAGGUGGACCAGAAGAUGUAGCUGAGGACGACAGGCUGACAGAAGGCUGAAGACACUAGAGAAGGUUCUCAGGUGCUUCCUCCGGAGAGAGGGGGAGGGGAGGGAGGGGUGGGGGGUUUGGUCCCUUGGAGCACCACCUCCAGAGCUUCACCAUGUCCAAGAAGUGGCCCGGGGGGGCCGGGGGCCGAGGCAAGAUGGAGAGGGCCGAUACGUUGGCGGCCCUGCAGGCUGCCAAUGAAGAUCUGAGGGCCAAACUCACAGACAUCCAGAUCGAACUGCAGCAGGAGAAAAGCAAGGUUAGUAAGCUGGAGAGAGAGAAGAGCCAUGAGGUGAGACAUGAGCAACACAAGUCUACAGUGGUGGUGACUGAGCUGAAGGCCAAGCUCCACGAGGAGAAGACUAAGGAGCUCCAGGGGCUCAGGGAGACGCUGCUACGGACCCACGAGCUGGAGCUGAUGAGGGUUAUCAAGAUCAAAGACGGAGAGAUCCAAAGACUACAGGCGCUGGUUUAUGCGCUGCGAGAUGGAUCCACAGACAAGGUGAAGACGGCUCUGUUUGCAGAGGCGCGUGAGGAGGCCAGGCGUGGUUUUGAGGGGGACAGGAGCAGACUACAGCAGGAGAUCUAUGAGCUGAAAGGCAUGAAGAGACAGAUGGAGGAAGCUCUGAACUUGGCCGUCCAGGCAGACAAGACCAAGGCUGCUGAGAUACGGUCCAUUUAUCAUGUACACCAGGAGGAGAUCACCCGCAUCAAGAGGGAGUGUGAGAGGGAGAUACGCAGACUGGUGAGAGGGAUUUAUACUCUUCAUCACACACACAUACAU